UCGAGCGCCGCAAUGGAGGUAAAGUGGAACUGCUGCUGUAGACUGAUGCUAAUAUUGGCCCUCUGCUCGUCUGCAGUGGAGUGUCGGAGGCGCCUGAAGGUGGGAAGACGUCGGAAUCCACAGUCGAGUCAUCUCAAUGUGCGGAACGAACUGCAAUCUCUGUCGAUAAAACACAAACUUAACCAUGCUACCACAAAAGCAACAGCAACGGAAACAGUAGCAACAAAGGAGACCACCUCGAACGGAGCUGCAUUGGGUAAUGCCUUCAACACGGAGUACUAUCUGCCGGUGACAAUUGGAACGCCUCCACAGGAGUUCAGCCUGCUGAUCGAUACGGGCUCGUCGAAUCUCUGGGUGCCCUCCAGCCAGUGUCCAGCCACGGUCAAGUCCUGCGCGAGCCACAGGCAAUACGACUCAAAGUCCUCGAGCUCCUAUGUGGCCAAUGGCACCGCUUUCAAGAUCGAAUACGCCUCGGACUCGAAUGGGGAAGUGGCACUGUCGGGCUUCCUGUCGCAGGACACGGUCACCGUAGCGGAAUUUCCCAUUAAGAAUCAGGUAUUUGCAGAGAUCACCGACGAGCCAGAGGCCAAGUUUCUGUCCUCUCCCUUCGAUGGGAUGUUCGGUCUGGGCUAUGCAAGUAUAUCGAUCGGUGGAGUCACGCCGCCGUUUUACAACCUGGUGGCCCAGGGGCUGAUCAAGCAGCCUGUCUUCUCCAUCUAUCUGAAUAGGAAUGGCACAAGUGCCACAGAUGGCGGUGAGCUCAUUCUUGGCGGCACUGAUUCGACCCUCUUCAGCGGCUGUCUCACCUAUGUGCCAGUCUCUCAGCAAGGAUACUGGCAGUUCAUCAUGACCAGUGCGCUUCUGGCUGGGCAGAACUUUUGCACGCGCUGUCAGACCAUCCUCGAUGUAGGCACCUCCCUGAUAGUGGCCCCAACUGCCGCGGUAGAAAAGAUCAACCAGAUACUGAAUGUACUCAAUCCGCAAGACACGAGUGGCGUCUUCUUGGUGAACUGCUCAACGAUUUCCAGCCUACCGACGAUGUUUUUCACAAUUGCCCGAAAGGAUUUCCCGCUGCAGCCCGCCGAUUAUGUACUGCAAUACGGGGAGACGUGCGUCUCGAGUUUCACCAGCCUCGCGGGCAGUGACUUGUGGAUACUCGGCGAGGUAUUUAUGGGCGCCUACUACACGGUCUAUGACAUGGGCUACAAUCAAAUUGGACUGGCCACAGCAUUGCAUUGAAUGGCAUUUCUAAUGUUUCUCUCAUACAUAUAAAUUUCAACGUAUUCGCACUUUGCAAAGUAAAUUUUCAAUCCAAAGUUUUACAAAGUUUUUUCCAAUAACUUAACGUUAUGUAUUA